GGAGGAAACCCAUCCAUUCCCCGUUCAAACCCAGCUCACCUUCCUCCCCCCUUCCCACCCGCCGCCGGCGCCGCCGCCACCGCCGCCCCGGGACGAACGAUGCUGCUGGUCAGCCAGGCCGCCAACGGCUCCCUCUCCGCGCGGCGGCUGCCCUCCAAGCCGCUCGCCAGCCGCCGGGGCGCCAACCCCUACCCUCUCUUCGCCGGGCCCCGCGUCGCGCGCCGCCGCCUCGCGCUCUCCGGCGCCGCCGACGCGCGGGACGCGCCCCGCCGCGCCUCCGCCUCGCCUCCCGCCCACGCGGCCGCGGGCGAGGGCCCCUCCGGCUCCCCCGCCGCCGCCGAGGACCCCGUCCUCCUCGGCGUCAGCGACGACCGCGUGCCCCUCGAGGGCGUCAUCCAGGUCGAGAGGCCCGGCCAGGCCGACGCCCAGUCCAAGCUCGUCUCCUACGCGAAGAUAGGGCUUCUGGCCGGAGGGGAUCUGCUUUGCCUCCUGAUCUUCUCCGCGAUUGGGAGGCUCAGCCAUGGCCUGCCCGUGCUUGACGCCGAGACGUUCAAGACGGCCGACCCGUUCAUUGCUGGUUGGUUGCUUAGCGCCUACCUCCUUGGCGGAUUUGGUGAUGAUGCCAAAGGAAGCAAUGGUGUUGGGAAUGCUGUAACUGUUGCGGCCAAAUCCUGGGCUGUUGGGAUACCGUUAGGAAUUGCCAUUCGUUCAGUGACCGCUGGUCAUAUUCCACAAAUUCCUUUCGUCUUGGUGGCCAUGGGAAGUACUGGGGUCUUGUUGACUGCAUGGCGUGCUCUGAUUUCCCAAGUUCUUUCCGCUGGACAGAGCAAGAAGGAUGAUGUAUACAGAAAGGGAAAUCCUUUUGAGCUUUUUGAGUUGCUCACAUCGCUGGUGCGGAGGUGGUGAGAUCUUAAGCUCAAAAAAGCAAGGAUUACCACCAACCUUGUGUAAGUACAAUUUUGAAGGCCAAGGGCCCAAGAUGGAAUAGAAAUAGUCGGAGCAUAUGCAGAAACUGUUUGGCAAGAUGGUACAGAGGCAAUGCCAUGCAUUCUAAUAUUAUUAAGAUGUAGCUGAUCCAUCCCUUGUAAUUACUGUAUGCAGCCUGACCCAAUCAUUCUAAUACUAAUGAAUAAACUUAUGCACAAACGCUUGUUGCUUCAUGUUUCCAGACGCAAUUGCUAAGAAAGAGUACACAAA